AUGUCUUUUCCAGCGCUCGUUGUUGGCAUUGAUGGCAAUGAGCCGGAAGAUAUGCAGAUGGUAGAGUUGGCCGAGAGUGUCUGCGGCGCAACCAAUGUAUCUGUCAUCGAACUUGACGAGCCCUUCGGUGCCAUUGCGGCACGGAUGAUCGACGACUGGAAGGUGCAGAGGUCACACGGCGACAAAAGUCAGGCACUAGACGAAGACGAGUUCCUCGAGCAUGUCUUCGGCGUCCUGGUCCGGCGAGCUGCAGCCGUGCUCCAUGAUUUCAAGCUUCUCGACAACCUGGGUACCGGUGAUUUGGCCAAAGCCAUCUGCAUCACUCAGCCACAUGUGUCGAAGAAGGACAUCAUGUUCACCGCAUUCCUCUUUACUCUUGCCAUCGCACGUGCACAGGACAUCCCCUAUGUCUGGUCCUCAGAUUCCGACUCUUACCUCGACCCCACCGCUGCCCCAGUCCACCGGGUUCUGACCACCAUGGCUGCGGAUCCUACCAUCGCUGGCUCGUGCGGUGCCUUGCAGAUCCACAACGCGGCACAGUCCACCAUCACCCGCCUGGUCAGCGCGACAUAUUGGACAGACCUCGCUCUCACAUCUGGGCAAAACUCAGCAUUCGAUGUCACCGACUGUCAGCCGGGGCCGUGCGCUGCUUUCACUACCACUGCUCUCUCCGAUAUUCUCCUGCCCUGGUAUACCCAGACCUUUCUCGGAGUGCGCCCGAUCGUUAAUGAGGACCGCCAUCUAAGCACGCUGCUUCUCUCACGCGGCUACCGAGUCACCUUCCACCCUGCAGCCACAGUCAUGACGGAUGCACCUUCCACUUUCGCUACGUGGAUCGUCCAGCAGGUGCGCUGGAGCCGCGCCAUUGUGCUGGAGACGAUCGCGCAUCCGCGGGUGCUGACCUCGCGGAACCCCAUGUUCGCACUCUACGCCUUGCGCCGCAUAGCAGGUCCGUACCUUCAGGCUUGGAUCGUCAUCCGCUACCUCAGAUCUGGCGCCGGGACUACGACGAGGAGCAGGAUGGCGGCGGUGGCCUUGGUUGUGCGCAAGUCAGGUGUUCUUGCAGUUUCCCCAACCCCCGAUUGUAUUUUGGGCAUCUGCAACCUUUUUAGAUGGAACUUGGGGUAA